ACCGGACCGCCUCUUCUUCACUCACAUCCGGUCCGGAAGAAACUACAAUGGCAGAGCAGACUCACAAACUUCGAAGUUCCAAAUUUCACCGGUACAACACGACCUCGUCAUCCUGAAAAUCGAAAUCUAAAGCUCCUAACCCUAAUUCGCAACGAUAUAGCGUAGAAGAGUAAAUCGAUCGGCCACCGGCUCCGGUGUCUGAUUAGAUGGAGGCUCAGACGUUUCACAACCUUUUCGACCGGCGCCCCAUCGCAAAGUCCAGAGCUCCCGCCACCAAAUGGUUCAAGGAAUGGGUGCCACAAGAUGUUGUAGCAACUGGUGGGAAGUGCUUGCUUUUAAAAUGGGUUAAUGAGGCCUCAUUGAAAGCUUUAAAGGAGAAGUCGAUAGAGCCAGAAAUUCCAGAAGCUGAGCCAGAGCCAGCUACUGAAGUUCUCUUCCUCUGCAGUUACGAAGGCUGUGGAAAGACAUUUAUUGAUGCUGGAGCUUUGAGGAAGCAUUCUCACAUCCAUGGAGAGAGACAAUAUAUCUGUCACUAUGAGAAUUGUGGAAAGAAAUUUUUGGAUAGUUCAAAGCUGAAGCGGCACUUUCUUAUUCAUACAGGGGAGAGGGCUUUUGUAUGUCCAGUGGAGGGCUGUGGCAAGGCAUUCUCGCUGGAUUUCAACCUGAAAUCACAUAUGAGAACACAUUCACAGGAAAACUAUCAUAUCUGUCCAUAUCCAGAAUGUGGAAAGCGAUAUGCGCACGAGUACAAGCUAAAAAAUCACAUUUCAACUACUCAUCAGAAGAGUGCCACACCAGAAGUGGCAAAGUAUGUCCAGCACAUAGAAAAGCCGACCAAAACACCAAAAUCUUCUGGAGGAGCAUAUGCCUCAGCUUCAUCCGACCGCCCUUACGUCUGUCCAUAUGAAGGGUGCGAUAAAGCUUACAUCCAUGAAUACAAGCUCAAUCUUCAUUUGAGGAAAGAACAUCCGGGCCAUUUCCCAGACGAGAAUGCCAAGAAUGCUCAACCCCCUGCAUCUGCUGCCGUUGAAAAUGAGAUGGAUGACGAGAGUGAUCAGGAAGCAGCUUAUGCUGGGAAACGCGGAAAUGGGAAGGCUCAGAAACAAAGCAGCAGGCCAAAGCCGAACUUGAAGCUGCCUCCUGCAAAAGUCACACAGCGUAAAGGCUCCACUGCUUCUCCCGCCAACCUGAAUGUUGUUAAAAAACCCUGGCCCGUUAAGGAAGAUAUUUACGAAGAAGAAGAAGAUAGCGAAGAAACAGAAGAGGAGCGGGAUGAUGUCGGAGAUGGAUGGCGGUAUGCGGGCAACAAUGAAGAUGAUGAUGAAGAGACAGAAUAUGAAGACUAGGGUUAUGUUUUGAAAUUCAAUUGUAGUCAUGCCUGCUACUUGGAUUUUCCCAUGAACUUUCUUAUUGUAAUCUAGGAAUGUUAGGUUGGUGUUUUUUUUUUUGUUAAUGAGUGUGGGAGUGAUAGCCAUUUUGUACUUCUGAAUGUUGUUCCAAAGUAUGAGAAUGAAUAACAUAGACUGUUUUGCCAA